AUGGCUUCUCAGUUAUCGUCUUCUUCUCCCAGUUUCAAUAGCUACUCUUCUGAGACUCUCGCUGACAUUGCCGCCAGAGUUUUGAAUGAGUUUCGGAGUGACCCACGCUCCGUCUCCGACCCAAUUUUCGACUCAUGGGAAUCUCUCGAUUCCACCCAAUCUCACGGUGGUUCUCUCAACGAUCAAGACCCGGACGACGACGACGACGGGGAGUUUGAGUUCUCUUUGGUUUGUACAGACCCGAACUCCUCGCCGGUAUCCGCUGAUGAUAUCUUCUGCAAUGGCCAGAUCAAGCCCAUGUACCCAAUCUUGGACACCAAUUUUCUGUUCAGCCAUCCUCACUUCGCUCCGUCAAACGAAGUCGUUGUCGCCGGCGCUUCCGUUUCUCCAAUUUCCGCACCAAAUGAAACGGUGCCGGUUCCUCGCCGACGUCGACCUCCUCUGAGGAAGCUCAUGUUCGAGGAGCGAGAAACAUGGUCGUGUCCGUCUUCCGCCUCCGAUGCGGAUCAACGUGACGUCGGAGGCGUCCCUCCGGAGACCUAUUGCGUGUGGAGUCAGAAAUCAGGAUCGGCAGGAAGGACGAGCAAGAAAAGCAGAUCGACGGAACUAUCGUCAUCAUCGAAGAGAUGGAGGCUGAGGGACCUGCUUCUUAAUAGAAGCGGAAGCCAGCGUGGUGGAAGGAAGGAAGCCAUGUUGCUUGUGAGUCAGAGCAAGAGGAGCAGCAAAGUGGCUCAGGAGGUGUCGAAGCCAAUAGCCGGCGCCGGAGCCGAACACCAAGCGUCGGAUUACGUGAGAAAGAGUACGGCAAUUGAAGAUGAGCAAACGAAGAAGUCGUUCUUGCCUUAUAGGCAAGAACUGGUAGGGAUGUUUAGUAAUGUGAAUGGGAUUGGGAGGCAUUUGCAUCCAUUCUGA